UUGACUUUUGGUAUGUACUAUGCCUUGACUUUCAGAUGGUAGUUGAAGAGAUGAAUAUCUUGACUACCAUUUUUCUGAGAUUAGACAACCAAAAGAUUAUAUAUCCGAAUAGCAUUCUUUCUACAAAGCCUAUCAGUAACUACUAUCGUAGUCCAGACAUGGGCGAUUCAAUUGAUUUCUGUGUCCAUAUUGCAACUCCAAUAGAGAAGAUUGCUAUCAUUCGGCAAAGAAUAAUAAGUUAUGUUGAAAGCAAGAAGGACCACUGGUAUCCUUCGCCAUUGGUGGUACCGAUGGACCUGGUGGGGUUAAACGAUCUGAAACUAUCAGUGUGGCUGAGGCAUCAUAUGAACCACCAAGACAUGGGUGAGAAGUGGUUAAGGAGAGCCUUCGUGAUAGAAGAGAUGAUUAAAAUUUUCAAAGAACUUGAUAUGGAAUACCGCUUGCUUCCCCUUGACAUCAACAUCCGCAACAUGCCCCCUAUAAGCUCCACUUGCUGUCCCAAUCAUCAUGACCAUUAUGAAGUUGAGCAUGAUAGAAUUUGAUGAUCUUGAACAAAUUUUUGAUGAUCUUGAACAAGUUUCUUCUAACUGGACAGCCUCUGAUAAGUGAGCAAUCACAUUAUGCGGGUGGGAGAGAGAAUUUCCAUUACCUCGCCUUAUUCUUGUGUAGUUUUUUGUUUUUUUUCUCUUAUCCUAUCUUUAUAUGGCUUGUAUUUUUCUUUUUGUGUUUACCAUGCUCAAUUUCUAUUUAGUACACCAUGUACAUGCAUGAACCAGCUAUACA